CCCAAUCCAACUUAACCAAACCCAACCCAACUCAUUCCCCUAAAUUUAACUCUAACCCCAAUUCAUUUCUCCAUUCUAAUUACUCUUACUCUCACCUUCUCAGAUCUUGGUUUCUGCCUUUGGUUUGUUGCUCGCGUCUACUCUGUUGCUGCUCAUGAAUCUACUCUGCUCUUCACGAACCCUUCUGCUCUGUUGCUCCUCACAAUUUGCUCUUCACAAACGCUUCUGCUCACUGUUGCUCAUGAAUCUGCUCUGCUUUGCUGUUGCUCACGAAUCUGCUCUACUCUGUUGUUGCUCAUGAGUCCUUCUGCUCUUCACGAACCCUUCUGCUCUGCUGCUGCUCACGAUCUGCUGCUGCUCACGAUCUGCUCUUCAAGAACCCUUCUGCUUGUUGCUGCUCACGAAUCUGCUUUGCUCUGUUGUUGUUGACAAAUGUACUCUAUUGUUGUUUACAAGUCCUUCUGCUCUUCACGAACCCUUCUGCACUGCUACUGCUCACGAACCCUUCUGCACUGCUGCUGCUCACGAACCCUUCUACUCUGCUGCUACCGAAAGCCAUCUACUCUGUAAAAGAUAGAUUAGAAUUUGAUAUUUGGUGGGGAAUGGGGAUGGGGGGUAAAAUCUACCCUCGUCAUAAAUCCCCGCGGGGAUCCCCGUCCCUGUGAAUUGCGGGGACGAGGAUGGGGAAGGGGUCCUCAGCCCCGUGGGACCUCGUUGCCAUCCCUACUUAAAACUAUUUAAUAGAACUAAUUUUAAAAUUUUACUAUUCUUGGAUGUUCAGUUGAGGAGUUUUAAAUCUUAAUUAUAAAUGCUUGUAAUCAUUCCUAAUGAUAUUCAUGUUAAAUUUUAUUUGCUUUUAACAAAUGUUUUAAGACUCG